UUAUCUUUCUCGGGUUUACCUCCGAUUAACACAGUUUGGUCACCUCUCACAGUUCGCAUUCUUUGGGUCGCCUGCAAGAAAUACAAGGCUCUUUUUAUGCGUAUUAACUAAUCUCAGCAAAGAAACAGGAAAAUGGAGGCUGGGGCAUCGGUCAGUCAUUUUACGAACGACCACCCAUACAAAACGGCUCAAAUGAAGCAGAAGAAGAAGGGCAAAAACCCCAAGGGAAAGCAGUAUCUGCAGCAGGCUGCUGACAUAGUAUAUGCCAAAGGAUCAUCUUUCCAGACCGUGCCCUCUCUCGGCAAAGUGUUGAACAGGAUCAUAGAGCCUAUGCUUGGUCUUCAGUAUGUGUGGGAGUACCGCAGCCCCAGUAAGACAGUGCCGCCGCAUUAUCUGUGCAAAAUUUGCUCGGUGACCCGCUUACUGCAAGAUAUGGUUGCUCACGUGAAAAGCUGGAAACACAACUUGCGAUACUUGAAAAGGGAACACGCUGAUAAGGUCACGUGUGAGGAAGAGGAGUGCGUCAAAGAUGCCACCCUAAGGAAGAAGAUUAAAGAUGUUACAGCGGAAGUGGAGAAGAUGGAGGGGAGAGGACAACUCAAGGUCGCCAUAAAGGAGCCCUGUACCAUACCUGCUUUCAAAGGAUUGCCUACUGCCGUUCCGAAGGCCUUGCCCCCACCAGGACCAGGAAUGGGGCCAAAUGGGCCACCCUUUAGUCCAAUGUUCAAUGAGCAGUCGUUUCACGACGACUUUCCUCCAAAUGAAGGUCCUUACGAAGAAUAUCCUGGGGAAUUUGAGCCAUCAGACUAUGAAGGAUUUCCAUCUGAUCAUGGGUUCCCAGACUCUGGUAUGGGUCCAGGAUCAUAUCCAGAUGGGCCGGGAGAUAACUUUAGAGCCAAUCGCGAACAAGGUCGCUUUAACCCUGAUGAAAUGUUUGACGAGUACCAAAGCCCCACAAUGGGGGGCAGGUUAAUGGACAUAGAUGUGAAGAAGCCGUUUGGCAGACAAAGCCCCAUGCAGCCAACACCAGACAGUGGCUUCGAUUCAAAUGUACUGCUUGAUUACCUGGAUACCUUCCGUAUAGAGAAUGAGAAAGACGCACAGUUGGUGCUGAAGGUGACACAGAAACUAACAGAUCUGCUGAUGGAGUUCAGACUGAGGAGUAUAUCAUCUGCAGGUCCUAGUAUGAGCAGCUUGUCAAUGAACUCCAGUUUCUCCUCAAUGUCCUCUAGCUUGCCAAGAAGCAGUGACAGAUAUUCUCGGCCCUUACCUAAAGGUCCAUCUUGUUACUCUGAUGGUCCCCUCAGAUUCUAGACAUGAGGAUUCCUGCGGUCCUUUUCUUCACUUGGUGUCCAUUAGCAGUGAACAUUCAGGAGUCACUUUUGUUGUACAUAUUAACGCUUUUUAUUUUUUUAUUUUAGUUUAUUAAAAAAAAAACUUCUGAAUCUUUCACUUUUAAGAGUUUUCAGACACUUCUUCUGAUGGAAGCAACAUGUCUCAAAUAAUUGUUCAUUUGAAGUAAACAAUUACAUUCAAG